AUGGUUGAGGAAGGAGUAGUGGAGGCGCCGCAGCCAAAGAGGGAGCCUGCAAAACGGAAGCCACCAAUGACUGGGAGGAUGGAUUCUAGAAUUGCCUCAGGAGGGAGGCAUUCCAAUAGGAUCUCGGGUAUAACCCUCACAAAGGAGGAGCAAGAUGCAAUCUUAGAAGACUUGAAGAGAAAAGACGAUGCAACUGGGAAGAAGACACUUUCACGAAUCGCUGUGGAGAAGUACUUUUCCACUUACAACUGGUAUUGGCCCAGACGAAACGAAAAAGGUGCACCUCAGUUGGACAAGGCAUGGGUACACUAUGAGCACAAUAUUCUUCCUCGCCACCUCACUGGUGAAAACGACACAGAAUAUGUCUACCGAAUGGCUGAACGAGGUGAACAUCAAGUACAAACAGAGCUCUAUCCAACUCUUACGCUCCCGCAAAGUGCUCUGAUUGAGUGGGGAUCUGGCAUGGAUCUUUACUUUAUUAGUAUUUGGUUCUUUGCCAUCAUCAUGUUGAUAGCUGGAUGUAUCAACAUUCUGAGUAUCGACUAUUUUGGGAGUACGGCUUACAACGGUGAUACAGCAAGCAACAUUUCAACCUUCCUCCGCGCAUCUGCGGUUUGUACCAACAGAGAGUGGGUUGUCUGUUCCACAUGUGACCCUUCUGGAUGGAAUUCGACGCCAAAUAAUGCCCCUGACCGCUUCGCGACAGCAAUGGCACCUGAUGGUUCCGUGACCAAUCUGGUGCUGAAAAACAAUUGCGUAUUUGAACAAUUCCGUCUUGGUUGGCCGAACUUGCUGACUCUUGGAUUCGUUAUGAUUGCGACAGCAGUUUUCAGCCUUUAUAUUCGUGCACGAGAAGUUCGUUUCGACGAGGACAAGGUGACUACAGCAGAUUACUCGGUUUGCGUUUUGAAUCCGCCGCCAGAUGCAAAGAAUCCUGAUGAAUGGCGUAAUUUCUUCGAAAAGUUUGCUCAAGGAGAAAGUGGUCAAGUUACUUGUGUUACCGUGGCUCUCGACAACGAAGCUCUUAUCAAUGUCCUGGCAAAUCGUCGCGUCUAUUUCAACUACCUUCGAAUGAAACUUCCUAACGAUGUUGACUAUGAUGAUGAUCAAGCUGUGCUGCAGGCGAUCGACAAGCACCGUGAAAUGGUAAAAGAUCUACCAGUUGGUUUCAUUGGGAAAAUAGUGGAUUGCGUUGCUCCAAUUUUCAAGCUGUUUGGCAUGAUGCUGAAUGCUGAAGAAUUGUAUGAACAGAUUACCAAGAUGGGCGAUAAGGCGAAAGAACUUCAAGAAAAGGAAUACCACGCAACGAAAGUAUUUGUCACGUUCGAGACUGAAGAAGGCCAGAGAACUGCUCUGACUGCUUUGAACGCCGGUGAAGUAGAUCUCGCGGCAAACAGAUUGGGAGCCGUUCCACCUGACUGCCAUUUCCGUGGGGAACUUCUUUUAAGUGUCGCUGAGCCAGCAGAGCCAAGUGCCAUUCGAUAUUUGGAGCUUUCGAGCACCAGGUUUAGCCGAAUGUUGAGGAGAAGUAUCACAAUUACUAUCACUUGUGGGUUGAUCGCAUUUGCUAGUUGGUCAAUCUUCCGCGUCCGUGAGGAAAUUGGUCCUUUUUAUUCUGGUAACUUGACAACUAUUCUCAAUAGUUCGAUGCCAGCUGUCUUGAAGCUUUUAUUGAUGUUGGAAAAACACCCAGACGAGGGAUCGUAUCAGCGAUCCGUCUACUUGAAGCUGACACUGUUUCGUUGGAUUUUGUCUGGUUUGUUGACAUCGUUCAUUACGCCUUUCACGCAUACACUGGGAGACGAUUCGUCCGAUAUGAUUCCAACCAUCUCCGCUCUCCUUAUUUCGGAAUCUUGGUUGAGCCCUCUCAUGCGGAUUUCCGACUACACAUCAAACCUGAAGAAGCAUGUUCUGGCUCCUCGGGCGAGAUCCCAAGAGGAGAUGAAUUCCUGGUUCACAGGCAGUUGGUUUCAACUAGGGGAACGCUAUACGGACUUUACAAAGAUUAUCUUUGUUGUCUUCUUUUAUUCUGCUGUUUUCCCUUCCGGUUUCUUCUUCGGGUUUUUUAUCCUUUUGACCCAAUAUUAUAUGGACAAAUUCUCCUUGGUCAGACUUUGGCAACCCACUCCACGACUUGGAGCUGAUUUGGCUAACUUCAGCCGGAGGUUUUUUUUUAGCAUUACUGUGGUCGCCUUUGCCGUGGUCUCGUCUUUCACUUGGGCCCAAUAUCCGUAUGACAAGCUUUGCGAACCUCUUGACUCGAGCACCGCCACUGUUGGCGUGUAUACAAAUGUUGAACGUUUGGAUGGAGAAAAAGUGAAGAUUUGGAUUGGAGACUUGGAACCAGAAAUCGACGAGCUUGAAGUAGUGGAUGAGACGGAUUAUGUUUCAUGUGGCCAAAAUUUCAGAGCAUGGGCUGGGCUUCCGAUGCCAGCAACUCCAAGGGUCCAAAGUGGUCAAGCGGGAUGGUUUGCCAGUUUUGAUGAAGACGACCUGACAUGGAUGUCAGAUCAGCAGGUUACCUUCACCCGAAUUUACGGAUGGGCAGCCAUAGUAAUUCUGAUUGGUUCAAUAAUUAGCUUGUUCGCUGGCUCAAUCUACAAGCUUUUGCUUUCUCUCUUCCGGGGAGUAUACGAGCCGGAGGGCGCCGCCCAAGAAAUCGAUUUCAGCUCAAACGUUGAAAUCUUCGGUUAUGUUCCUGAAAUCUUACGGGCAGGGCAAACACUACCUUUUCUUUGCUGCGACGUCGAUGAUUAUGAUGAGAAAAUGAUUUCUUGGGUCGACCCAAACAACAGUUACGACUAUUACAAUUUGAUUUUCGAUGUCCCACAUAAGUCCCUUCGCCGAACGGAGUUUGCGAAUGACGAGGAUAUUUCAUUUGACAGCAAAGAUAUGUUUGGAUUCCACCGUUCCCGAUACCCCAACAACGAACGCAAAGAGUUGGAUUAUGCAGCCUCAAUCUACAGUUUGGUAAAACACUAUCCAACUAAGUGGCAGCUAGAGAUUGCGAAACAGGAUGGAAUCUUAUUCGAUGACUAG